AUGGGCGGAGGUGAACUCAAGUCCCUCGGUGAUGCUGAGGCUAGUCACGAACCCUCGCGGAGCGACUACUCACAUCGGGGCCUGCCAUUUCGGACCAGGAGUCGAUCGCCGCCUCGGCACACAAGCCAGCCCAGGUACCGCGACCGUGAUACCCAACACCAGGAGGCCAGCCAGUGGCGGGGUUCGAACCAGACCUCACUCCCCCUGCUCAGCGAUAUGGGUUCUCUCUUCCGUGUCGACCUCGAGCAGCGCGACCCCGACCGCUCUGCGCGUGCUUUCCGCAUCGUCCCGACGACCCACGAUGGCGGUCGCCGCCAGAACACCGUCGGCCAGACCUUGAACGGUGCAACCAAAGUGGCCAUCAUCCAUACUCGCGAGGCCCUCAUGGCUUGGGCUGAGAGGAUGGCUGCCGCUCUCGACGAGAGAGGUCCUGGAGGGGAGCUGUCGAUCAUCAGCGCCCUCGGCGACCUCUCGAAGCGAUCCGGGAACCGCCCUGUCAUCGAGCACUGGGAUGGCAGUGGUCUCUUCUGCCGACCGGCUUCGGCAGGCAUCGCGCGGUCCGGCACGAAAGCUCCUUUCCACACCAAUGCCUCUCACUCCAGAAGGUCUCGCUCUCGUGCCCCUUCCGGCGAGCUCCCUGUCUCUCAUGGUGCCAUGCGAAUGGGCCGGGACGCAUCCCAGGAAGCAUUCGUCACGAGACUGUUGCCGGAUCAAAGCCUCGGACCAGAACCAAGCUGGCAGCUGUGCCAGAACUGCGGAGGUCUCGGCCACCAUCCCGCUUACUGCACCGUACCGGGCCCCAGCGGCUUCACGCACGUCUGCCCACUCUGCAACUCUACCCGCCACCUCGUCGAUGAGUGUGCGCAGUGGCACGACAAGACCAUCUGGCAGCGCCUGGACAUUCUCGUCCGCCACCGCGCCGGCAAGCCCCCCCUGGCCACAGUCGCAUGGAGCUGGCCCAACAUGAUCAACGACACGAGGGAUAAGAUGGCUUUCAACCCCCCGAACAGCUGGGUCGAAAUCACCGAGUAUCCGCUGGACUUUCUGACUGUGCAGCGGAUCAUCAGCAUGCCUGGCUGCCCUCAGUCGGUGUGGAGGUCGCACGAGCGAUUCUCGGCGUACCUUGCGCAAACUGGUGCCCGGAGCUUCUACACUCCUAGGUUCUUCGACACGUACCGGGUUCCUGCCCGCGAGCAGGUGUACAACGCCGUGCGAAUGUGA